AACUUCAUUACCCAUAAGCCACGCGACCUGCAACCUCCAACGUAUUACGUCAGGACGUCCGCCGUCUGUGAGUAAAUUUCAACAUGGAUGACCUCGUAGCGGUGGAAAAGAGCCCGGAUGAAAUGCCUGCAAUACUUAGCUCCAGACCACAGACUGGUCUGUCUUUCCUGGCACCCGAACCAGAGGAUCUAGAGGACCUCUACAGCAGAUACAAGAAGUUGCAGCAGGAGCUGGAGUUCCUGGAGGUGCAGGAGGAAUAUAUUAAAGAUGAACAGAAGAACCUGAAGAAAGAGUUCCUCCAUGCCCAGGAGGAGGUGAAGAGGAUACAGAGUAUUCCUCUUGUCAUUGGCCAGUUUUUGGAGGCUGUUGACCAGAAUACAGCCAUUGUUGGUUCCACUACAGGGUCCAACUACUAUGUGCGCAUCCUGAGCACCAUCGACAGAGAGCUGCUGAAGCCUAAUGCCUCAGUGGCGUUGCACAAACAUAGCAAUGCCCUGGUAGAUGUGCUCCCUCCUGAGGCUGACAGUAGCAUUAUGAUGCUGACGUCAGACCAAAAGCCAGAUGUGAUGUAUGCUGAUAUUGGUGGCAUGGACAUUCAGAAGCAAGAAGUCAGAGAAGCAGUGGAGCUGCCACUCACACACUUUGAGCUCUACAAACAGAUUGGUAUUGACCCACCCAGGGGUGUCCUUAUGUACGGACCACCAGGAUGUGGCAAGACUAUGUUGGCCAAGGCUGUGGCACACCACACCACAGCGGCAUUUAUUCGUGUGGUGGGCUCAGAGUUUGUUCAGAAGUAUUUGGGUGAAGGCCCUCGUAUGGUGCGUGACGUCUUCCGGCUGGCCAAGGAAAAUGCCCCUGCCAUCAUCUUUAUUGAUGAAAUUGAUGCUAUUGCCACAAAACGUUUUGAUGCACAGACAGGAGCUGACAGGGAAGUGCAGAGAAUCUUACUCGAGCUGCUUAAUCAAAUGGAUGGCUUUGACCAGAACGUCAAUGUUAAGGUGAUCAUGGCCACCAACAGAGCAGACACACUGGACCCAGCCCUUCUGCGUCCUGGUCGUCUGGACAGAAAGAUUGAGUUCCCUCUGCCUGACCGCAGGCAGAAACGACUCAUCUUCUCCACCAUCACCAGUAAAAUGAACCUCUCUGAGGAGGUGGACCUGGAGGACUAUGUGGCCAGACCAGACAAGAUCUCUGGAGCUGAUAUCAACUCAAUCUGUCAGGAGGCUGGCAUGCUGGCGGUCCGUGAGAACAGGUAUAUCGUUCUGGCCAAAGACUUCGAAAAAGCCUACAAGACCGUCAUCAAAAAGGACGAGCAGGAGCAUGAGUUUUAUAAGUAGAAAAAGAGAAUAUCCAGUACAUUCAGGAUAAAAAAGAGGCGUCCAGACACCAGUUAUUGAUUUGCGUCUGUAUCUACAGUGUAUCUGUUGUGGGUUUGCAGUCCCUGACUUGCAUUGAUUUCUGGACUAACUUUACUCACUGCAGCACAAGGCCUACUGUCAGAUUAGCCCAGUGUGUCUUGCCUCGAGAAGAUGCACUUCCAUGUAUUGGAGUGAUUUUUUUUUUUUUUUUGUUUGUUUUGUACAGGCACUCUACAGUUCCUAAAUAAAUCAGGCCCCGACUGUAGCUAGAAUAAAACAUUUGUAUCUCUAUGUACUCACUGAAAAUCUGACAUAAAAUGAAAAACCCAUUAAAGAUGUUUUCCACAAAAA